CUGAGUUUGCUGAGUGCGGCAGACUUUGAGCGACUCAUGCGCUUCAGCUCCGUGAGAGUUUAGCCAGACGGUCGAGUUCUUCCGGAAGUUUCAGGAAGCUUUUCUUGACAAGAUGCCGAUGGGAUCUCAAAAGCAAAGGUGGUCAGCAGUGGCUGUUACUCUGGUGCUUUUCUUACUGCUCCAGCAGGUGUGCCCAGUUCCAGUAGACACUGAGAUGAAGCCUCACCAGACGAAAGACCAGAUUUUGAGAAGAACCGCUCGCAUGACGCCUCUAUGGAGGAUCAUGAACAGUAAACCAUACGGAGCUUACUGCCAGAACAACUAUGAGUGUUCCACGGGAAUCUGCAGAGCGGGCUACUGUGCCAGCAACCAAAUCAAGACCCAAUGACUGAUCUGACAUGGAACUGAGAAGCCGACCACCAUGUUUACAUGAGCCUCCCCUUUAUUUUUCUACAAAUGCAAAUUGUGAUUUCCCAGUCUUUAACCUGACCACGGUGUUUCAUGCACCUAUGUAGGAUUUUCACAUGCUGUCAUGAGAUUAUGGUCACAUGAAUUUGACACCAAAGGUAUUGCUUUUGUUACCAGCGGCACAUGCAGUUUCAAAAAUAGACUCUCUGACUGUGAAUCUUCGACCUCACGAUUUCAAUUUGCUUCGAGCGCUUGACAAGGUACUUUCAAUUCUUGCAGAUCGAACACUAUCCAGGUGAUUUUGCAGUGUUUUAUGACACUUAAGAUGGAAUCUGCUACUGUAAUGGAGGGAAGCUUGACACAUCUGUUCAAAUCUUAUUAGCACUAUAUUCACCAAGUGUAUCUGAUGGUGGUUUUAUAAUUUGUUACAAGCUGCGUCCUUCUUUUUUUCUUUUCAUUGUUUGCACAUGUAGCAGGAAAUGGAUGCAGGAUCAGGGAUUUUGUUUUUAUUUUCAGGUUAGCGGCUUAACAUAUGCGUAGAGAGCAAAUGCACUUUCAAGACAAAUUAUCCAAGUACUGUGUUCAGUCUUUGUAUGGUUACUGACAGGAAGAAAAACUCAAUAAAGCACUGAGGUGAAAA